GGGGCUUGCAGAGUAGGCCUCUGAGGAGGAGGCGGAGGACUGGAGAGGAGCCGCGGCCUAGUGCCUGAGUGGCGACGGAAGGGAAGCAUGGCCACAAUGCAGCCCGAAAGAGGGGACCGGCCCCGGAGGGGAGGCGGCGGCAACAGGCAAAACCGGAGGAGGCCCGGCGGCCGGGAGAGGCAGGCGGAAGGCAGGGGAGGCCGCCCUGAAGACGGCCAGCAACGAGGAGGAGGAGGAGGAGGAGGAGGGAGCCGGGGAAGGGGACAGGGCCGCCGAGGCAGAGGGGCCUCCUCCUCCUCCUCCGCGCCUCCUUCCUCUCCUCAGGGCAAUGAGUCGGCUGCUGAUGAUCUUGAAUUACAAGGAAAAGAACUAGGAAGCUAUUCAUGCAGAAAGGUAGUUUCCAACUGGCAUCGUUAUGAAGAUACUGAGAAAGAAACACAAAAUGACAGUGGUGAAUCUCAGCGUGGGACAGACUUCAGUGUCUUGCUUAGCUCAGCAGGUGAUUCCUUUACCCAGUUCAGAUUUGCUGAAGAAAAGGAGUGGAUUGUAGAAAACCUUUGCCCAAAGCAGCUGUCUGGACUAUAUGUUGACUGCCAAUCCUUAGUGCAGGCACUUGAAGAACUGCCUCUGCAUCUCAGACUGAAUGUGGCUGCUGAGCUGGUGCAGGAUGCAACACCUGCCAUACUUCCCCAGAUUAAGUUGAAAGGUAAUGAUGUUCCCAAGAAAAGUGGAGGUGAAUUGAAGCAGCCUCUGGGGCAAAGUACAAAUCCAUCAGGCUCUUAUCCUGCUGCAGACUCGGCUGCCCAUUUAAAGGGGCCAAAUAAAGAUGGGCUCAAUUCAGAGGCUCUCCAAAAAAGCCCUUCAUCUUUAUUCCAAGAAACAGAUAAUUUGGAUGAAGACCUUGACCUCCUUUUGAAGCUAGAUGCUCCUGUUAAUCCUGAAAAUAAUUUUGAAUUGGAAACAUUAUGCCCUGGUACAGCAUCUGGAGAAGAUAUGAAAAUGCCUCAUGAGGAAAACGACUGUUUACAGCUGGAUGGAACUGAAGAAAUUUGCUCAGCAGCUCAGCAGGAAGUUACAUCCAAAAGUAUUACUGAGGAGGAGCUUGAAGACUGGUUAGACAGCAUGAUUUCCUAAGGCCUGCAUUUUGCUGUCAUGCAAGUAACUGAAAAAUAAAUGAACAUGACAGUAGCUAGGUAUAGAAUAAUAUUUUGUAAGUCCUUAAUUAAGUAGCUGUUUCCUCUUGAUUUUUAAUUAUGUUUCUCAUCUUGGUUUGUACUGAAAUUUUGAAACAAUAAAUCUGGAUGUAUUCCAGGUGAGAUGAGUGUAAUCAGCAGAGAAUUCUAUGCAUCAGCAUGUUGAAAGUGAUAUAAUUAUAUUUGUUUGAAAUUGUUUCUGAAAAAUGGAAGUGCUAUCAAAGGUGGCUUGUUUGCAAACCAAUGUAGAAAAAGAGAUGAAGAAUUUUGGCUUUCCUUGUAUGAGACCAUAUUUCUCAGAGUUGCAAAAUAAAAUAGUGGUAGCAAA